AUGUACAACACCCUCUACUACAUAGUCAUCCGGCUCCCUGACUCUCUCCACAUAGUCAGGGACCACUUCCUCUCAGUUUGCCCAACCACUGUCACCGUUGACCUCCUUGAGAAGGCCCUCCUAGUGAUAGAAAAGAGCAUAGUCGCUGUAGGAGCCUCUCGUGGUGACCCUCGCACCCUCUUCUUUGAGGGGUGUUCUCCCUCCCCCCUCUUGCCCUCUGUUGCCUCUGCUGCUGCGGCCGACCUCGUUGGUUUCGAGGCGCUGGAGGGGCUGGAGGGGGCGGUGGAGGUGGUGGUGGAGGCAGUGGAGGGAGUGGGGGUGGUGGUGGGAGUGGUGCCGGGGGUGGCGGCGGCGGCGGCAGCAAUGGAAGAGGCGGAGGCGGUGGAGGUGGCGGAGGGAGUGGAGGCGGCGGAGGUGGCGGAGGAGGCGGAGGCAGCGGUGGUGGCGGAGCGGGUCGCGACUCUGCGCAGAGGAGUGGCUCCGGUGGUGGUCCGCGCCAGCAGCAGCGGAGUGGUGUGA